UCAUCCUAAGAAGAAACAUCGUUGUAAAUUAACAAUGAAAUAUUUAAUCAUAUUAACGGUAGCUGCUAUAGCCAACGCAGCGAGCUUAGACAAAGUGUAUCUACCGUCUAUUGACCCAGCGAAUGUUCCAUCUAGAACGUAUCUCACCCCUACUCAGGGUGCUCCGCCAUCUCGAACGUACAACACCCCUACUCAGAACAACGUCCCAACUCCCUCGGCUUCCAGUCAUCAAUCACAGAUAUUAAAAUUCGAGAAUGACAUGAAUGAAAAUGGUUAUCACUACGCAUAUGAAACUAGUGAUGGGACAAAGGUUGAGGAAAAUGGUCGAGUGAUUCCCGGAGUACAACCUGAAGAGGGUUCCAUACAAGUGGAAGGUUCAUACUCGUAUGUUGGUGUUGACGGACAAACAUACUCCAUCACUUAUACCGCAGAUGAGAAUGGCUACCACGCGGCUGGCGACCACCUGCCUACACCGCCGCCGAUACCUGAGGCUAUAUUGAGGAGCUUGGAACUCACUGCUGGAAGUGGAGGUCAAUACGACAAGAAGAAAAGCAGUUACGACGCAGAUGCUGGUUACUAAAUAAAAUAAAUUUUACAUCAAACUGUAAAUCUAAGAUCGACUUAUAGGUUUUAAUUUUAUCUUUAAAUGUAAGUCGAUUUUAGAUCCAU